AUAGAAGUGGCCAGAGAGACCCAAGGGAUAGUCAGGGACGGGCAGACAUGCAGCUAGGGUUCUGGGGCCUGGACAGGGGCAGCCAGGCCCCGUGACGGGAAGACCCCGAGCUCCGGCCCGGGGAGGGGCCAUGGUGUUGCCUGCCCAACAUGUCAGCCGAAGUGCGGCUGAGGCAGCUCCAGCAGCUGGUGCUGGACCCAGGCUUCCUGGGGCUGGAGCCCCUGCUCGACCUUCUCCUGGGCGUCCACCAGGAGCUGGGCGCCUCUCACCUAGCCCAGGACAAGUAUGUGGCCGACUUCUUGCAGUGGGUGGAGCCCAUUGCAGCAAGGCUUAAGGAGGUCCGACUGCAGAGGGAUGACUUUGAGAUUUUGAAGGUGAUCGGGCGUGGGGCGUUCAGCGAGGUAGCGGUGGUGAAGAUGAAACAGACGGGCCAAGUGUAUGCCAUGAAGAUUAUGAAUAAGUGGGACAUGCUGAAGAGAGGCGAGGUGUCGUGCUUCCGGGAAGAAAGGGAUGUAUUAGUGAGAGGGGACCGGCGCUGGAUCACACAGCUGCACUUUGCCUUCCAGGAUGAGAACUACCUGUACCUGGUCAUGGAAUACUACGUGGGCGGGGACCUGCUAACGCUGCUGAGCAAGUUUGGGGAGCGGAUCCCCGCCGAGAUGGCGCGCUUCUACCUGGCCGAGAUUGUCAUGGCCAUAGACUCGGUGCACCGGCUGGGCUACGUGCACAGGGACAUCAAACCAGAUAACAUUCUGCUGGACCGAUGUGGGCACAUUCGCCUGGCAGACUUCGGCUCCUGCCUCAAGCUGCAGCCUGAUGGAAUGGUGAGGUCGCUGGUGGCUGUGGGCACCCCGGACUACCUGUCUCCUGAGAUUCUGCAGGCCGUUGGAGGAGGGCCUGGGGCAGGCAGCUACGGGCCAGAGUGUGACUGGUGGGCACUGGGUGUGUUCGCCUAUGAAAUGUUCUAUGGGCAGACACCCUUCUACGCGGACUCCACAGCCGAGACAUAUGCCAAGAUUGUGCAUUACAGGGAACACUUGUCUCUGCCGCUGGCAGACACAGGUGUCCCUGAGGAAGCUCAGGACCUCAUUCGUGGGCUGCUGUGUCCUGCGGAGAUAAGGCUAGGUCGAGGUGGGGCAGGUGAUUUCCAGAAACAUCCUUUCUUCUUUGGCCUUGAUUGGGAGGGUCUCCGAGACAGUGUACCCCCCUUUACACCAGACUUCGAGGGUGCCACGGACACAUGCAAUUUUGAUGUGGUGGAGGACCGGCUCACUGCCAUGGUGAGCGGGGGCGGGGAGACACUGUCCGACAUGCAGGAAGACAUGCCGCUCGGGGUCCGCCUGCCCUUCGUGGGUUAUUCCUACUGCUGCAUGGCCUUCAGAGAUGAUCAGGUCACGGACCCCACCCCCAUGGAACUAGAGGCCCUGCAAUUGCCUGUGUCAGACUUGCAGCCCCCAGUGUCCCCACCGGAUCAAGGGGCUGAAGAGGCCGACCUAGUGGCUGUCCCUGUCCCUGUUCCUGCGGCUGAGGCAGAGACCAUGGUGACGCUGCAGAAGCUCCAGGAAGCCCUGGAAGAAGAGGUUCUCACCCGGCAGAGCCUGAGCCGCGAGCUGGAGGCCAUCCGUACCGCCAACCAGAACUUCUCCAGCCAACUACAGGAGGCCGAGGUCCGGAACCGAGACCUUGAGGCGCAUGUUCGGCAGCUACAGGAACGGAUGGAGAUGCUGCAGGCCCCAGGAGCCGCAGCCAUCACGGGGGUCCCCAGUCCCCGGGCCACGGAUCCACCUUCCCAUCUAGAUGGCCCCCCGGCCGUGGCUGUGGGCCAGUGCCCGCUGGUGGGGCCAGGCCCCAUGCACCGCCGUCACCUGCUGCUCCCUGCCAGGAUCCCUAGGCCUGGCCUAUCCGAGGCGCGUUGCCUGCUCCUGUUCGCCGCUGCUCUGGCUGCUGCCGCCACACUGGGCUGCACUGGGUUGGUGGCCUAUACCGGCAGUCUCACCCCAGUCUGGUGUUUCCCGGGAACCACCUUCGCCCCCUGAACCCUAAGACUCCAAGCCAUCUUUCAUUUAGGCCUACUAGAAAGGUCGAGUGACCAGGGAACGACCCAAAGCGUCUCUGUGCCCAUCCUCACCCCCACCCUCACCGCUCCGCUCCUGUGAUCCGGGCCCGCCACCUGGCGGCCGGGGAGGGAGGAACAGGGCUCGUGCCCAGCACCCUGGAUCCUGCGGAGCUGGCAGCCGACUUCUGCUGCAGCAGCCGGGCCUUCGCCGACCACGCUUUUCCCAGCCCCGACGUGGAUGGGCAAACUGCCCCGCUCAUCCGAUUCCACUUUUCACUCUCCCAGCCAUCAGUUACAAGCCAUAAGCAUGGGCUCCCUAUCCCCAGGGACAUCCCAGUCCCAUAGUGAAGGAUCAGCAAGACCUCUGCCAGCACACACGGAGUCUUUGGCUUCGGACAGCCUCACUCCUGGGGGUUGCUGCAACUCCUUCCCCGUGUACACGCCCGCACUCUCCCAGCGGAGCCACAGCUGCACCCCCCCCCCCAAGGCAGUGUGGGUAUUUAUUGACCUUGUUAUAUGACUCACUGACAGACUCCGGGACCCACGUUUUAGAUGCACUGAGACUCGACAUUCCUCGGUAUUUAUUGUCUGUCCCCACCUACGACCUCCACUCCCGACCCUUGCGAAUAAAAUACUUCUGGU